CUCCCUGUCUCCCUGUCUCCUCCCCACCCUGUCUCUCUACUAGACCCAGUAUGGGAACCCCAUGAUCUACGUGACAGAGAACGGGGUGUCAGAGAAGGUGCAGAGGUGCACAGACCUGUGUGAUGAUUGGAGGAUGCAGUACUUCAAGGAUUACAUCAAUGAGAUGCUGAAGGCCGUUAAGGACGGAGUGAAUGUGAAGGGCUACACAGCCUGGUCGCUGCUGGACAAGUUUGAGUGGGACGAAGGCUUCUCUGAGAGGUUUGGCCUGUUCUACGUGGACUUCCUCAACAAGAAUAAACCACGUUGCCCAAAAGCCUCUGUUCAGUACUACAAACGCAUCAUCAGCUCCAAUGGAUUCCCCAACCAGAGAGACCUUUUUUUUACGGGCUGUAUUAAUACAUAUUGA